AUGGAUGUGAGAUUCUACCCCGCGGCGGCCGGGGACCCCGCCGGCCUGGACUUCGCGCAGUGCCUGGGGUACUACGGCUACAGCAAGUUUGGAAAUAACAAUAACUACAUGAAUAUGGCUGAAGCAAACAACGCUUUCUUUGCAGCCAGCGAGCAGACGUUCCAUACACCAAGCCUCGGGGAUGAGGAGUUUGAAAUACCCCCGAUCACGCCACCUCCAGAGUCGGACCCCGCUCUGGGCAUGCCUGAUGUACUUCUACCUUUUCAAGGCCUCAGCGAUCCGUUGCCUUCCCAGGGAAGUGAAUUCACGCCCCAGUUUCCCCCUCAAAGCCUGGAUCUUCCUUCCAUUACAAUCUCAAGAAAUCUCGUGGAACAAGAUGGCGUGCUUCAUAGCAGUGGGUUGCAUAUGGAUCAGAGCCACACACAAGUUUCACAAUACCGUCAGGAUCCCUCCCUGAUCAUGAGGUCCAUCAUCCACAUGACGGAUGCUGCUCGCUCUGGGAUCAUGCCUUCUGCCCAGCUCACCACCAUCAACCAGUCUCAGCUCAGCGCCCAGUUGGGGUUGAAUUUGGGAGGUGCCAGUGUGCCCCACACGUCUCCUUCACCUCCAGCGAGCAAAUCGGCGACUCCCUCCCCUUCUAGCUCCAUCAAUGAAGAGGAUGCUGAUGAAUCCAACAGAGCCAUUGGAGAGAAAAGAGCUGCUCCAGAUUCUGGCAAGAAGCCCAAGACUCCAAAGAAAAAGAAAAAGAAAGAUCCCAAUGAGCCACAGAAGCCAGUGUCAGCAUAUGCCCUGUUUUUCAGAGACACACAGGCUGCAAUUAAAGGUCAAAACCCUAACGCAACCUUUGGAGAGGUCUCAAAAAUCGUAGCAUCUAUGUGGGACAGCCUUGGAGAAGAACAAAAGCAGGUCUAUAAAAGGAAAACGGAAGCCGCCAAAAAAGAAUACCUGAAAGCCCUGGCUGCAUAUAGGGCCAGCCUCGUUUCUAAGGCUGCUGCCGAAUCAGCAGAAGCCCAGACCAUUCGUUCUGUUCAGCAGACCCUGGCGUCCACCAAUUUGACCUCCUCCCUCCUUCUCAACCCUCCGCUGUCUCAGCACGGAACAGUGUCGGCCUCCCCUCAGACUCUCCAACAAUCGCUCCCUAGGUCAAUCGCUCCCAAACCCUUAACCAUGAGACUCCCCAUGAACCAGAUCGUCACUUCGGUCACCAUCGCAGCCAACAUGCCAUCGAACAUUGGGGCUCCGCUGAUCAGCUCCAUGGUGGGCUCGGCGUCCUCUACCCAGGUGAGCCCUUCAGUGCAGACCCAGCAGCAUCAGAUGCAGCUGCAGCAGCAGCAGCAGCAGCAGCAACAACAGAUGCAACAGAUGCAGCAGCAGCAGCUCCAGCAGCACCAGAUGCAUCAGCAGAUCCAGCAGCAGAUGCAGCAGCAGCAUUUUCAGCACCACAUGCAGCAGCACCUGCAGCAGCAGCAGCACCUGCAGCAGCAAAUCAACCAACAGCAGCUGCAGCAGCAGCUGCAGCAGCAUCUCCAGCUGCAGCAGCUGCAGCACAUGCAGCAUCAGUCCCAGCCUUCUCCUCGGCAGCACUCCCCUGUCACCUCCCAGAUUACAUCCCCCAUCCCCGCCAUCGGGAGCCCCCAGCCAGCCUCUCAGCAGCACCAGUCACAGAUACAGUCGCAGACACAGACUCAAGUAUUAUCGCAGGUCAGUAUUUUCUGAAGACGCACGUGGCAGGCGGAUUUGCGCAUCUGGAGGAGAGUGGCGUCCGAGAGUAAACCAUGUGUGGCUGCAACUCGUGAGUCGGUGUUGGUUAUGCAGAAAUGUGUAAAAGAUCACGCGGUCCUCUCAAGUGUCUAUUAGAUAGGCAAUAAGAACUACAGUGUAGCUGAAAAUCAUCUUCUAGCUGACUCUAAACCAUUUGUUUUUAAACAAGAAAAGCUGUGCUCUUUUAUGUGAUGCCUUUUUUUAUUUAUUCAGGCUCUACCUACAAUAUGUGAAUCAAACCGUUUAAUGAAUCCUGGGACAUACUGAUGAUUAUAAUAAACUGGCCUCUCUGAGUCAUAGCAAAUGGCCUUAUUUCUCCCGAAGUGAAGAAACCACACUUCAAGGCGAUUGGAACUUCCGAAGCCCUAAAAAUAAAAAGCACAGUCGUAACUACCUGAAAUACGAAAAUCCAGUUUCAUACAAACAUUUGUAUGACGUCAAUCGUUGAUGGCAUUUUUUUGUCAUGAAAAAAAUAAUGUAAAUCACAGACUUUUGCCAAAGCUCUUAUUUUUUUUCCUUAAAUCUCUCCAGAAAAAAAAAAAAAA